AUGUGCAAUAUUUUAAGGAUUUUUUUGUCCUUACACCUUUUUCAGGUUUCGUGUAGUAUUAUUGUUCGAGUGAAUGAAAUUGGUCUACAGGAAGCUGCUAAUUUCACUAGGGAAUGGCUUUCAAUGGCUGGUCCUAAUCUGAUUGUACCGGAUAUUAGGCAGACAUUCGUGAACUCGUUUGCUGCUGGUGAAAUGACAGUAAAAAAUAUCACAGUGAACCGUUUUGUUCCACCACUGAUUCGAUUUCGUACAUAUGGAAAUACGUCAAUAUACAUGAUAACACAUUCUGGAUAUGCCCAGGUAACAGCUGAAUGGGAACUUAAGUCCGAAUUACUUCAUCUUCUACGUUUCCCACUGAACGGAACUGUUCUAAUGCAAAUGACUGGUCUAAUCUCUGAAGUAGGCAUGAAGAACACAUCACCAAAUCGAGUGGAAGUGAGUCAUUGUGUGGCACGAAUCCGUGAUCUACGAUUAAAUCUUCAAGGAGGUGUCGCUGCGGAAGUACUUCAAUGGUUCAAAACAAGUCUUAUUAGUAUUAUUCGAAGAAAACUGGAAGAGGAAUAUUGUAAUGUUAUGGAAGAACAUUGGAUCUCAUGGGUAGAAGCACAAAUAUCACAAUUUCCAUCAAACAUUACUCUUAGCUCCAAUCCGGAGGUCAUUCUAUCCCAAUCGCUGGAAUCGAUCGCUUUUUCAAAAAUGAUUGUGGAUCUACGAAUGCGUAGCGAUCUUAUCUGGAACGGGGAUUUGAUCGACGGUGACCAUGUCGCGAAUCAAUCAAAUUUCCGAGACGAUGGAUCCAUGACUUCAUCUCGGAUGAUUACUGUUUUUGUUGAAGAACACACGGUGCAGAGUAUUCUUGCUGCAACUCAUUUUGCUGGUCAUUUCCUUGCAACUGUUGACAGUCCAUUCCUUCAAACUCAUUGUGAUGUCUUAUGUAUCGGUACAGUAUUGCCAGAGAUAGGAGAAGCAAUGCCAAAUUCUUCAAUAACGCUUCAGGCAUCAACACUUUCCCCUCCAGUUAUCGCACUUCAACGCGACAAGGCAUUAGUAUUUCUCAACGCAUCUUUAAAUGUCAUCUCAAAGUCAAGUUCAGAAAUUUCAAAUGGUACGAUUGUGAGCAUUAAUGUGGAGACAGAAUUUGAAUUAAAAAUGGAUAUUCACCAUCGUACGCUGAGAUGUGCAUCUAGUAUGCUGAAUGCUCAAGCAAAAUUGAUGGACAGUAAAAUUGGAUUAAUGUCACAAAAGACCAUCGAUCUGCUUGUGGACAUGUCAUCACCUUUUCUGGAAGAUGCAGUCGAUUUACUUAUAAGUCGUGGUAUACCUGUAACAAAACUAUUCCAAUUCCCAUCUACAAAUGAAAUUCUAAGCAUCCAAGAAAAAUGCAUAAAACUUGAAGCAGAUAUCGAUUUUGCAACAAUGCUUCAAUAUUCUUUAUUAGCGUAA